AUGAAUGACAAGAAGUUGCGCUAUACCGAUGCCAUCAGUGCUGUACGGAGCGCCAAGGAGAUGGGCAUUGUCCCUGGCGGCGGUAGCGUUUUGAUGUAUUUGGGCGCUGAGAAGUUCAUGGAGAGUGUGACGAAGGACCUGCGCACGGAAGAUGAAAAGAAAGGCGCAGAGCUGGUCUUCAAAUCCCUCCAGGCUCCCAUCCGGCAGAUUGCGCGGAAUGCGGGCGAGGACCCCAGCGAGGUGGUCUUCAGCGUGCGCGGGAAGGACUUUGGCUUUGGGUACAACGCUGCCACGAAGGUCUAUGAGGACCUCCUGAAGGCUGGCGUGGUCGACCCUGCCAAGGUGGUCAUCAACUCCGUAGUGAACGCCGCCUCCAUCGCGGGGAUGGUUCUUACCACGGAUGCUAUCGUCACUGACUUGCCCACCACAAAGCCGCCGACGCCUGCUGGUGGUGGCAUGAGCGGCAUGGGUGGCAUGGGCGGCAUGGGUGGCAUGGGCGGCAUGGGCGGCAUGUACUGA